CAGCACCAGCGGGUCAUGGCAUCUCUGGGUUUCUGGUCUCACGGGGCGGCUCAGCGACCCGACAACACGGCAGACAAUUCCACCACAGCCAAUGCCUGGUGUCAGAUGGCUCAGAAGUUUACAGGUGGAAUUGGAUCGAAGCUUUGUGCAUUCUUGUAUGGUGAUGGGCAAAGACCUGCAGGGACUGUGGUUAAGGAGGAAACAGCAUCCAUGGAAUCCAACCUGGCCUGCAACUGCAACAAGACCCCGUGUGCGUGUCAGAAUGUUCAAAUCAACUUUUCCCUCCUGCACGCAAUAGACCUCCUGCCGGCAGACAGUGGCGAAGGAGUUACAUUUGCUUUUUUGGAACAACUUAUGGACAUUCUACUGCAGUACAUUUUGAAAAGCUUUGACAGAUCUACAAAAGUAAUAGAUUUCCACUACCCCAAUGAUCUCCUGGAAGGAUUUAACUGGGAGUUGGAUGAGCAGCCAAACACUUUAGAAGACAUUUUGAUGAGCUGCAGGACCACCUUAAAAUACGCCGUGAAAACAGGUCAUCCUAGAUAUUUCAACCAGCUUUCAACAGGAUUAGACAUGGUUGGCCUCGCUGCUGAUUGGCUCACCUCCACUGCUAACACUAACAUGUUCACAUACGAGAUCGCCCCAGUGUUUGUUCUGUUGGAGUACAUCACCCUGAAGAAGAUGAGGGCAAUGAUCGGCUGGCCAGGAGGAUGUGGAGACGGAAUAUUCUCACCUGGUGGGGCCAUAUCAAACAUGUACGCCAUGCUGAUUGCACGCUACAAGCUGUUUCCUGAAGUUAAAGAGAAGGGAAUGGCAGCCAUCCCCAAGCUGAUUGCCUUCACGUCUGAACAUAGCCACUUUUCAAUAAAGAAAUCAGCUGCAGCCUUGGGGAUUGGUAUGGACGGAGUGGUUCUGAUCAAGUGCGAUGUAAGAGGAAGAAUAAUUCCAUCUGACCUUGAGAGAAGAAUACUUGAAGUCAGACAGAAGGGGUUUGUGCCAUUCUAUGUAAGUGCCACAGCUGGAACCACAGUCUACGGAGCCUUUGACCCUCUUGUAGCCAUCGCUGAUAUUUGUAAAAAGUACAAUAUCUGGAUGCACGUCGAUGCAGCGUGGGGUGGUGGCCUGCUUAUGUCUAGAAAACAUCGCUGGAAACUAAAUGGAGUUGAGAGGGCCUGUUCUGUCACCUGGAAUCCACACAAAAUGAUGGGGGUUCCUCUUCAGUGUUCUGCUUUGCUUGUCAGAGAAGAGGGCUUGUUGCAGAGCUGCAACCAGAUGAACGCCUGUUACCUCUUUCAAACUGACAAGCAAUAUGAUCUUUCCUACGACACUGGGGACAAAGCCUUACAGUGUGGCCGUCAUGUGGAUAUCUUUAAACUCUGGCUGAUGUGGAGAGCUAAGGGCACAAUGGGAUUUGAAGCCCAAAUUGACAAGUGUCUGGAUCUUGCUGAAUACCUGUACAAUAAAAUAAAAGACAGAGAAGGAUUUGAAAUGGUGUUUGACGGAAAGCCACAGCACACUAACGUCUGUUUCUGGUACGUACCUCCCAGUGUACGUUACAUACAAGACAAAGAAGAAAGGAGGAAUUUGCUCAUGAAGGUGGCCCCACAGAUUAAAACCAGAAUGAUGGCAUUUGGGACCACAAUGGUAAGUUAUCAACCACAAGGCGACAAAGUUAAUUUCUUCCGCAUGGUCAUCUCAAACCCAGCAGCAACACAGGAAGAUAUAGAUUUCCUGAUUGAGGAAAUCGAACGGCUCGGACACGACCUGUAACUGCAAGGGCAAGGCAUCCACGAUAAUACAACGGAGUUGUUGCUAAUGUGUGAAUGUAUUUAAUUGUUUAUCUCCCCCCCCCCCCCCCAAAGUGACUCUGGUUUUGACCAGUGGCCAAACAGAGGUUGGAGCUGAAGGCUUCCUAUGUGGAAUUAAGGGUGUUGCAAAUUAUUUAACGCCAUUCUCAAUAGUCUGAAAUAGCAAGAGCUUUGAAUCAUAAGUGACAGGCAGCGUCCCAGAAACAUUGAUCUAAGGCAUUAAGUAAUUCCGAUAUUGAAGUCAAAGUGAUGCAUUAAUAGUAAGUAAAGCACUUUAAAAUUCACUUGGAUAUUUUAUCUUAUUGAUGUAAUAUCCAUCUCAGCAUGCAUAAUGCACCAAUAACAGGCACCAUUUCAAGUCAUUACUGUUUUUAAAGGCUGACAAACUUUUUUUUCUGCAUUUUUCCUGGAGUUUAGCAGAGCUGCAAAAGAUUUCAGAUCCAAAGCCCAUGAGCCUUAUUUGUGAUUUUGUUCUCUUUGUCUAAAUGCAAUAAAAAUAAUUUUAAGGAGAGUCUUCCUCUCAAUCCAACCUAGUUUGCUCUAUUUGAUGUAUAUAUUUAUAUAUAUUUAUAUAUAUAUUUAUAUAUAUUUAUGGUC